GCCCAUCCCUCUUGUCCUGCAGUAGGGUGUAUAUCGGAAACAGUUUCGACGAAGACAGACACUUCUAUUUCCAGCGCCAAAGGUCCAGCCCAGUGUGGCCGUAACGCGUGUGAGAACCUCUUGCACUCGUUUCAUAACCUAAGCCGACGGCGGCACGUGUCAAGAGUCAGUCAUCUGCCUCUCCCUAUCGGACAAGGAGCAAGCAUGGCAUCAAUCAUCGAGACGCUCUUUGGGCGUGCCAAGACGCCAGCUGAGCGCCUGCGGCAGAACCAGCGCACAUUGCAGAAAGCCCAGCGGGAGCUGGAUCGUGAGAGGGCCAAAUUGGAGCAACAAGAGAAAAAGCUCGUGAUCGAUAUCAAGAAGACCGCCAAGGAGGGGCAAAUGACUGCAUGCAAAGUGAUGGCACGCGAUUUGGUCCGCACGAGACGGCAUAUCCAAAAAUUCUACCAGAUGCGAACGCAGCUCCAGGCAAUCUCACUACGCAUACAAGCUCUUCGCAGUAACCAGCAGAUGGCAGAGGCCAUGCGAGGAGCGACAAGGGCGAUGGGCAUGAUGAACCGGCAAAUGAACCUCCCCGCGAUCCAGCGCAUCAUGCGAGAAUUCGAGCGCGAGUCAGCCACGAUGGACCUGAAGGAAGAGAUGAUGACUGACGCAGUCGAUGAAGCGAUGGAUGAUGAUGCAGAGGGUGUCGGAGAGGAGGAGGAAGGAGAUGCAAUUCUCAAAGAGGUACUUGACGAGAUUGGCGUCAGCCUCGGCCAACAGCUCGGUGCAGCACCGACCGACACGCUCACAUUACCGAACGCCGCGCCGGCAGCAAAAGUCGCAAUCGGCGAAGGGGUAGGUUCAAGCCCGAGCGCCGGAGGCGUUCGCUCGAUAGGCAAAGCCGGGGGUGCAGGAGCAGGAGCCGGGGCCGGAGGCGGUGGUGGUAGAGGUAUGAGCGACGAAGACGCGCUCCAGGCGCGACUAGACAGUCUACGGCGAGAUUGACGGCUGAACACGCGAGGAUUCCUUUCGGCCAUUGCAAUUUUUGAGAACUAUUCGGUUAUGGACACAUGUAUCACAACAGAGGAAGGGUGCAACCGGACAGAUUUUC